CCGAGCGCUCCGUCCAUCCACAGCGGCGGAGAUGGCGGACCCCCCAGCGGAGACCACCAUCAAGGUGGUGUGCCGGUUCAGGCCGCUGAACCGCUCGGAGUUGGCCCGUGGAGACAUAUACGUCCCGAAGUUUCAAGGGGAGGACUGUGUGCAAAUGGGGGGUAAACCGUACUACUUUGACCGCGUGUUCCAGUCAGAAACAACCCAGGUGCAAUUCUACAAUGCUGUGGCUCAGAAGAUUGUCAGGGAUGUCUUGGAAGGCUACAAUGGGACGAUAUUUGCAUAUGGGCAGACAUCCUCUGGUAAAACGCACACAAUGGAGGGGGAUCUCCAUGACCCAGCCAUGAUGGGAAUCAUUCCCAGAAUUGUUCAAGACAUUUUCAACUACAUUUAUUCCAUGGAUGAGAACCUGGAGUUUCACAUCAAAGUUUCAUAUUUUGAAAUCUAUUUGGACAAAAUCAAGGACUUGUUGGAUGCCACAAAGGUCAACCUCUCAGUGCACGAAGAUAAAAACAGGGUGCCCUAUGUCAAGGGGUGUACAGAGCGUUUCGUGAGCUGUCCCGACGAGGUCAUGGACGCCAUAGACGAAGGCAAAAGCAGCAGACAUGUGGCUGUCACAAGUGAGUUCACACACUGA